AUGGCUCUUUCCCAAGCAGCAGCUGUAGUGGAGAAGAUCAUUGGCCAUGGCGGUGAGGCCACGACAGAACAAAAUCUGAGCAAUCCGGCGAAAGAUCCCUCCAAAUAUGCCGAUCCCUCUGGCGAGAAGAUGAAGGCGCUCGUUUGGAAUGGCAAAUACGAUGUUAAAGUAGUCGAGACGUUCAAACCCGCCAAAAUCGAAAACACUGAUGUCAUUGUCAAAGUUACCGGCUCGACUGUUUGCGGAUCAGAUCUGCAUCUGCUCCAUGGCGCAAUCAUCGAGAUGCAAAAGGGGGACAUCCUAGGUCACGAAUUCUGCGGCGUGGUAGACAGCGUUGGUCCUGGCAUCAAGAAAGUCAAGCCCGGCGACCGUGUGGUGUGCAGUUUCCAAAUUGCCUGCGGCAGCUGCAUGUAUUGCCAGCAGAAGCUCAGCAGUAUGUGUGAAAAGACGAACGACAACACAAUCGAGAACAUCAUGUACGGCGGUCGCACCGCUGGUUUUCUUGGAUACUCCCAUUUUACGGGCGGCUAUGCCGGUGGACAAGCAGAGUAUGUGCGAGUUGCAUAUGGCGACGUCAACCUCCUGAAACUGCCCGACGAUGUUCCGGACGAGAAAGGCCUGUACCUCUCCGACGUGCUCAGCACAUCCUGGAAUUGCGUCGUCGAUACCGGUGUCAAGGAUGGAGAUGUCGUCGCGAUUUGGGGUGCGGGCCCAAUCGGUCAAAUGUGCGCCGAAAUGUCCUUUAUCAAUGGUGCGAGGCGCGUCAUCCUCAUCGAUGGAGGCGCCGGAGCAUGGCGUCUUGAAUAUGUCAAGUCCAAGGUACCAAAGGUAGAAACGAUCGACUUCACCAAGCUACCCAAGGGCGAAACCAUUGUGUCUACAUUGAAAAAGAUGGAACACGGCGGCCCUGAUGUGGCGUUGGAGUGUGUGGCAGGCGAAUAUGCCAAGGGCUGGGCUCACUAUUUCGAAAUCCUCCUUGGUAUGGAGACCGACACGUCUGAGAUCGUGAAUGAGAUGAUUACCAGUGUCAAGAACUUUGGUCGCUGCGGCAUCACGGGAGUGUAUGUUGGAUUCACGAACCACUUCAACAUCGGGUCCUUGAUGGAGCGAGGCAUCCGCCUGAUCGGCAACGGCCAAGCUCCCGUCCACCGCUACUGGGAAGACCUGCUGAAGAAGAUUCAAGAUGGGACAAUCGAGCCUCUUCACAUGGUGAGUCACCGUGUCGACCUUGCCGAGUUGGAGGAAGUGUAUAAGCGGUAUGAUGCCCGUGAAAAGGGUAUGCAGAAGGUGUUUGUUCAGACCAAGUUCAGCUUCCCGCCGUCCCCUGGAGCACCUCAACUCACCAAAUAUGGAACUGCGUGA